CAUCUUGGAGACAGAUUAGUUGUCGAAACUGCUGUGUUUAGAAGGAAAAUUUAACGACUUCUUUCACUUAAAAAGCCGUCAAAAUGAUGGUACAACAUACACGAAGGUGUAGGGAAUUCACAGGUCCAACGCCAAACUCAGUAGCAAUCAAAGCAAAACCAACCAACAAACGUCCGGUCGAGUAUCUUAUCCUUGAAGGAAGACGAAGGGAUGAGCUUAGAGAUCAAGCCAUUGCUGAAACGAAGUAUCAAAAUCAGUGUGAUCUUAAGUCACAAUGGGAAAAAGCUACAGAUAAAAGAAUUCAAAGAAAUAUCAUCCACAGAAGGGUUGACAGACUCAUGCAGGCUGAAACAUUUAAGUUAGAAGAUAGAAGAGAAAAACUAAGAGAAAUGCUUAUGAACGAAGAACAACAGUACAUUCAGGAAAUGGAAGCUAAAGAAGAAACUACAAUUGAAAGACAAGCAAAAAUGAGAGAAAGAGCAAAGUUUUUGAAAGAAAAACGGGAACAAGAAAGAUUGAAAUUUGUUCAAGAAAAACUGGACCAAAGAUGGAGAGAGGAGUGUGAAGAAUUACGAGGAACCCUAUCCAAACGACACCAAGAUGAAGUGUGUACAGAGAGGGCAGAGCAGCUAAGAAUGAAAGAAGCUCAAAAGCAACGUGAACAGGAAAUUGAACACAUGUACGCUGAUUUAUGGGAAAUGGAUGUGAAAGCAAAGAAAGAACGAGAAGAAAGGGAUGCACAAGAACUGCAAGAAAGAAACAGAGAAACUUUACGAGUUCUAGAGCUUCAAAGUGAAGCAAUUGAAAGACAAAAGCAAGAAGAACUUAAACUAAAAGAAAUGGAAGCAGUUUGGCUCAAAGAACAACAAAMAAUGAGAGAAGAAGAAGAGAAAUUCUUAAAGGAAGAGAAACUUCACAAGCAGCAGGCAGCCAAGAAGGCUAGGGAGGUGUCUAUCAGACUUAAAAAUGAGAAGGAGGCUCGCGAGAAACAGGAAGAAUUAGCCAUCGACAUGAAGAUCUUAGAGAAGCUUCUAGAAGACACAAGAAACGAGGCAAUGGAAGACWCUCAGCGUAAGAAAGAACUACGUGAAGAAAAUCUACGCUUUAUGAAAUACUGCGAUAUGAACCGCAAGGAAGAAGAAGACAAAGAAAAGGCACUCGAAGCCUACGUUAAUGACGAAGUAGAAAAACAAUGGGCUAAAAAAAUGGAGCAAUAUAAAAUGGAAAGGGAGGCGAGGAAAAGACUUAUGGAACAGGUCAUGAAAACGAGACAGGAACAAAUGGACGAAAGAAAACAAAAUGAGCUCGCCCAACAAGAAGCUGAACGSGCAGAAAAAGAAGCUUUGAUCAGUGCAUGGAAAGAACACGAACGAAUGGAAAGAGAAAACCAAGAACGAAUGCGACAACGUAACUUAAGCUAUCAAAAUCACCUUGAUAUGCAAAUUGAUUACCAAAAGCAAGUCAARCAGAAGGAAAAGGAUGAAGAAAGGGAAGAAUUCCUGUUAGGACAGGAGGCUGAACGUGAUUAUCAAAGACGACUCAAGGAAGCACUAAAGCGUCCCUCUUACAAACUCCAUCCCGCAAGACUCCGUGCUACAGCACGAAGCAAGUCAAACUAAUCRCMUUUACAGUCAUURAAUCAAUAUGUACAUAGAGUGUUAACAAAAUUCACGAACCGUUGUACAUUUUUUAAAUAAUUCGUCUGGUUCACAUGUGAUCAGCUAAAAAUAUUAAUAAAUAUAAUUGAAUGAAAA